AAUCACGUUAGGUCAUUACUCCGAAGCAGAAUAUCAGCAACCUUAACCUGAACUCCAAGGGAGAGACAUCAUGGCAGGAUCUAAUAACCAACGUCAAGUCUCCGUCACUGUCUGUACAUCCUCAUACGAGUAUAACAUCAAAGGUCUCAUGGAUCAACUGAAGAAUCUCCAGACGCACCCACACCAGGUCAUCAAGAAGGUGUCCUAUCAUCAGCUCCCAUACAACAACAUAGACAAGCAUAAAUUCAUCAAGGAACAACACGUCGACGUGAUGAUCCUUUGUCACUCUAUCACGAAUAGAAGGCUUGCCAUCACCGACGUACCUGAUGCUUGCUAUGAUAAGUUCCUCCCGAAUUGCACGGAGCUUCUAGGAAAAGAGAAGAUUGUGGUGAUUGCUCAUGACUUCAUGGAUAUGAGUGAGAAAGAAUAUCAGGCGCGGAUGGUGACUCUUCGACAUCAACAACCAAAGACGUUUAGAAACUCAGGUCUCGUCAUGAUAUCUGGAAAGCUAGAUGAAGGGAAAAGACUCCGAGGCCAAGAUGAAGCACAACUACUCGAGUUCUUGAAGAUGGCGACCCAACAGCCUGAGAAAAGAGAGCAAGGCUUCAUUUCAAGCAUUAAAAAAAAUCUUUCAUCGAUGGAUUCCUCUCACCUAUGUCGUAAACGCCCUGCCCAACCAGGAGUUGUGCAAUAUCGGGGACAGGAACAUCCUGUCACAAUCAAUCAACCCGCCAAACUUCCCCCACGUAGUCACGGACAAGGCGAGCAAAGUCCCUAUCCUAUGCAACAGUCCCAGCGACAUCCAUCACCAAGUUCUGUGCAGCAACCGGGACAUCUCACACAAUAUUCCAAGCAACCAGUACAACAGCCUGUAGGAAAGCAUAAUGUUGGGCAGCAUCAUGGUCAGACUGCAGAACAUGAUCAUGGUCAGAUUGCAGGACCACGUCUGCCACAAACUCCUGCACAGCAAACUGGAAUAAAUCCUGCCCAACUGUCCGGAAAACAAGAACAAAAUCCUGCAGAAUGUUCGCCACACCAACAUGGGAAAACCAUUGGACAGCGCUCUUCACAGCUUCCUUCGGGACAUCAACCACACGAUCCACCACAAUACACUCCUCAGCAACCGCCUCAAUAUCAUCCACAGCAACAUGCAGCAUCAUCACACCAGAGACCAGUGCCACAAUCCCGUCAAAUCAAUGUUUCAAUCUGUACUUCUUCGGAUGAGUUCAACAUCGGGGGAUUGGUUGCCCGGUUAAACGAGCUGAAAACCGAUAGUGCACCCUUUAUUGCCGACAUCCGAUUCCGGAGACUACCAUACAACGAUAUCGAUUCGUUCAAGUUUCCUUCCAACGACCCUGUUGAUGUGAUGGUACUCUGUCAUUCAGUUAACAACAGAGGAUUUGAAAUCACAGACGUCACGAAUUCCAUCUACGACAAGUUUCUGAAGUACUGCAACAAAGAGAUUGGGAAGGAGAAGUUGGCUUUAAUCGUCCAUGACAUUAGUGGAUGGAGUCCAGGAGUCGCUCGUAACAGGAUGGACUACUUUCAGGAAACGCAACCUUCAACGUUCAAGUUUGCCCAUACCGUACUCAUCUGCGGAAAUCUUCAAAAGUCCGAAGAUUUGGAGAUUUCAAACGUGGACAUGAUAAAACUGCUCUCCUUCUUUGAAACUGCAAGUUUAGAACCAAGAAAGAAGGCUUCAACUUUUGACAUCAUUAAAAGAAAAUGCCUCUCUCCUAAAGAAUGCUAGAAACUAACAUUAUCCCGGAUGACACAUUUCUGAUUCGUGGAAGAUGAACGUUUGAUUUAGUUCGUUUAAAGUGGUGUAGGAAUUA